GAAGGAAGUGUGAGCUCGCGGACGAGGGACGUGCCGCCUUUCCUUGUUGCCUGGUCUGCAGACCUUGCAACAUGGCUGCGGCGCUCUUGUCUCUGUUCCUUCUGUUUGCAUCAGGAGUAAAUUCGCUCUCUCAACCAACACAGUCACGCGAGACUACAAUUCACUGUGGUUACCAGGCUUGCUCCACUCCAGAGAAGAAUAAGAUCAACGUUCACCUAGUGCCGCAGACUUAUGACUUCGAAUGGAACAAAGCUGGUUUCCCCUCUUUCGAAAUCACGGUCCCGAACAUCUUGAGUUUCGUGGUUGAAGCUCUCCUGCGCAAUGCAAAUAGAAGGUUCGUAUUCGCAAAUACGGCGUUCUUUUGGAAAUGGUGGAGCCUCCAAAACGCAGCCAGUCGCAAGCAAGUGCGAAAACUGGUGCAGCAGGGCCGUCUGGAGUUCAUCGGCGGCGGCUGGAGCACGAACGACGAGGCCGUCACCCACUACCAGGCCAUCAUCGACCAGAUGACCUGGGGCCUGCGGCUGCUCAACGACACCUUCGGCGAGUGCGGGCGUCCGCGCGUGGGCUGGCAGAUCGACCCCUUCGGCCACUCGCGGGAGAUGGCCGCCAUCUUUGCUCAGAUGGGCUACGACGGGCUCUUCCUCGGCCACGUUCACUACAACGACAAAAGGCAACGCCUGAACCAAAAGGAGAUGGAGAUGGUGUGGCAAGGAAGCUCCAGUCUAGGUCCAGCAGCAGAUCUUUUUACUCACAUUCUGUACACUGAAACUGAUGAACCACACGACUUCUACAUGGAUUUCUUGUGUAGUAAUUUCACCGUUAAUGAUAAUGAUAAAUAUAGUUCUUUGUACAGAAUAAAGCAAAAGGUGAAUAAUCUUCUGGAGACAAUUAACCAUCAAUCAAGGCAUUAUCUUACCAACAAUAUAUUCGUUGGAGUAAAAAUGAGCAGUAACUUCCGUUAUGAGGAUGCAGAAACAUGGUACUCAAAUCUUGAACAAGUCAUUAGGUAUGUGAAUGCUAAUCAGGAUAUUGGGAAAAAAUUUAAUAUCCUCUACUCCACACCCAAUUGCUAUUUAAAAGCGGUUAAAGAUGUGAACUUCAUUUGGACCACUUUCAAGAAUGACUUCUUUCCCUAUGCUAGUAAUGCACACAAUUUCUGGUCGGGAUACUACACGUCUUGCCCUACCCGCAAGUAUCAAGCACAUAUUGCCAAUAAUUUCUUACAAAUAUGUAAGCAGCUUUUUGUAUUAGCAGAUCUAGAACAGGAGAAUAAAGUGCUUCUCGACGCUUUUAAAGAGAUAGUAGGAGCCCUACAAAAUCACGAAGCUAUCACUGGCACUGAAAAAGAAAACAAGAUUAAAGAGUAUACUCGCCUUCUAAUGGAUGGCUUGUCAAAGGGCAGUGAUAUUACCACAAGAGCUUUUGCAAAACUGAUGCAACGCAAAAACGAGUCCAGAUACUAUGAAGUGGAAAACUGCUUGCAACUUAACAUAAGUCAAUGUCAUCCUUCUGAGCAGUCCAAACAAUUUGUAGUAACUAUCUACAAUCCUUUAGCACAAGUGAUAUCACCUUAUGUACGUUUUCCGGUCACAAAAUCUGGAUAUACAGUUCAAGAUGACAAAGGAAAUUAUCUUCUAAAUCAAUUAGUUCCAAUUCCUGAUAUUGUUAAAAGAAUACGAGGUAGAAAUAGUUCUGCAACACAUGAACUUGUGUUUAGAGCUGAAAAUUUGAAUCCUCUAAGCUUCAAUUCCUACUUUGUGUCUAAAAUAAAAUUGGAAAAACUGAAGAAAAUUAGAAUUCCAAAUUCAUCAAUCAUCCCAAACAAUAAGAUCAAGGUUAUUGAAACUAACACAGGAAAUGUGCUCUUGUCACUACUCACACAUGGUGCCGUGGUUCGUCUAACGCUCUCUUACUCUUUCUAUGAAUCGAUACAGGACGAAUAUGGUUCCUCAGAUGCUUAUGUCAUGCGAGCAGGCCAAAAACGUAACUUGAUUAAUUUUAAACCUUACAAUAAAGAUUUUGAAGGUCCAUUAGUGCAUGAGUUUCAUGGCCAGUACAAUUGGAUCAAUCACGUGGUGCGAAGAUAUGCAGGAGAAGAACAUGUUGAAGUUGAAUGGCUCGUUGGUCCCAUCCCAAUCAGAGAUCGCUUUGGCAAAGAAGUGAUUGUGAGAUACACUUCACAUCUUUCAUCUCAAGGAAUAUUUUUCACAGACUCUAAUGGUCGAGAAUUAAUUAAAAGAAUUCGAAAAGUUUCUCCCUAUGCUUCGAAAAGUAACAAAACUGUGGCACAAAAUUAUUAUCCUGUUAUUACUCAAAUUCUGUUGCGAGAUUACAAGGAGAUGAAAGAAUUGUGUAUUUUGGUUGAUCGUGCACAAGGAGGAUCGUCACUUCAGGAUGGGGAAAUAGAGUUAAUGCUGCACCGGCGAGUACUCUAUGAUGAUGGCAUUCGGAUGGACGAAGAGCUCAAUGAAACAUCUUUUCGAAAAGGGCAUAUUGUUCGCGGAAAGCACUUCAUAAUAGGAGGUCUCAUAGGGCAUGAGUUAUCUUCAUAUGAGAGGAAAUUAGCGCAAGAAAAGUAUAAUCCUCCUUGGAUGUUCUUCACUCGAGCUGAUGGCGAAACAUUUACAUCUUGGUCUGAAGAAUUUAAAAUGAAGUUUGAGGGAGUCAAGAAAUCAUUACCUAACAAUGUACACAUUCUCACUUUGGAACCCUGGAAAGAGAAGUCUCUUCUUUUGCGCCUCGAACAUAUUCUGGAAAUAGGAGAGGAUUUGUUUGUUCCUUUUGACAUAAUAUCAGUACGUGAAACUACAUUGGGUGCUAACCAAUGGAAGGAAGAUUCAGUCAGACUUCAAUGGAAUGCAGAGGCAGAGAAUACUACAAUGGGAGAAACUGAUCCUCAAACAUCUUGCAAAUUCACUAAAAGUCAUUUUAGCGUUGAAUUGAAACCAAUGCAAAUUUGUACUUUUGUCAUUGAAGUGAAACACACUGAAAAGGAAGUUAUAGUUCAACUUGAAUAAAUUUGCGCUCUCUCUCUCUCACACACACAAUUUUCCUCAAAUAAUCGCCUUCUCAGCCUAUUCGAAUCUCCUUUUCAAUAUUUCUUAUUAUCUAUUUCUCUCUCUCUCUCCCUCCGUCUCUCUCGCUCCCUCCCUCCCUCUCUCUGUCUCUCUCUCUCUCUCUCUCUCUCUCUCUC